AGGCUUUGUUCUUUCAAAUUUUUCUAAUGUAGUUUAAUAAUUCUAAUCUAUUUUAUCAUUUAAAUUAAAGAUUUAAACAUAUUCAGCCAUCUGAGAGUGCGCCACUUGUUCACAUUCUCAAAAUUAACCUCAAUGAAUUUUAUCUUCCGAAAACAUUGUCGAAAUUUACGCAAAAUUUAAAAUGGAUGUCAAGCAAUACGAAAUCACUAAUCUCUCCAACUACGAAGUCAUGGUACAUCUGCAACAAAUAAAAGAACAAAGAACUUCAGGAAAAGGACAAUUAGCAACAAUCACAUAUGAAGCACUUAAAUAUCUGGAGUCAUCUGGCUGUCAAACACAGAUUCCAGAGAAAAUCAGGAAAUGUCUGUCAGCAUUAGCACCAUACAAUCUCAAGAAAACCGAAAAACUGAUGAUUAUCAAUACUCCACCCACAACUGAAUUAGAGAUUCAAUUGAUUGUGGAGAACAGUGAGGAGCGACUUACAGACGCGCAUGUUAAUGAAAUUCUUAACAUUAUUAAUGUCCAUUUAGGCAUUCCUAAAGAAAAAUGAUCUCAAUUGUUAUUUGGAGCAAAAAUUAUAAAUAUUUUUGAAUGAAUAUGUUAAUAAUGACUUAUUAAAUGUCUGGAAAAUA